UGUUUCCUUCAAAAGGGUGGCAACACCCUUGCUUUCUGACGAAAAAGUUGAGAAAAUAAAAUCAAUUAAAUUAAUACCGAAGUCAAAACACAGUUCUCAGUGAAAGUGCGGGUUGCGAACAAAGAAGAAAAACAUUGUUUUUCAAGGGACUACAGGUGAAAAGUCCCCGACCCCAGCUGGCGUAGGUGUGUGUUCGUGCGUAGUCCGUAAACGUCACACGCAAACGAGGCCCACGCACACAGACAAAGAGAGCGGAGCCCGACUAUUUACUUUGAUCACCACGUACUAACUAGCUAAUAGCAGUGGUCACGGAUUAGGGCGACAUGGACGGCAACAAGGACGAGGCCCAGCGAUGCAUCGACUUCGCGGUCCAGGCGCUCGCCGAGGGCAAAAUGGAGAAGGCCGAGAAGUUCCUGCUGAAGGCGGAGAAACUCUUCCCCACGGACAAUGCCAAGAAGCUACUGGCCCAGGUGAAGAGCACCCCGGGAAACGCCAGCAAUGGCAAAUCUCGCCCAGCGGCUGCGAGCGAUGAGAAAGACAGCGGUCCUAGGAAGCGUGUGAACUCCGAUUCACGUUCCAAUGCCCCAGAUUACACCAAUGAUCAACUGGAGGCUGUGCGAAAGGUCAAGAAAUGUAAGGACUACUAUGAAGUUCUGGGCGUGAGCAAGACGGCCACGGACUCGGAGAUCAAGAAGGCCUACAAGAAGCUAGCACUGCAAUUGCAUCCGGACAAGAACAAGGCCCCCGGCUCGGUGGAGGCCUUCAAAGCCCUGGGCAAUGCAGCCGGCGUCCUGACGGAUGCCGAAAAGCGCAAGAACUACGACCUGUAUGGCAUCAACGAGUCGCAUAAUGGGCACGGAAAUAACGGCGGUGGACACCAUGGACAUGGACAGUACUACAACAACGAGUAUGGAUAUUCCCGCGGUUUCCAGGCUGAUAUCAGUGCUGAGGAGCUCUUCAACAUGUUCUUCAACGGCGGAUUCCCGCAGCAGAAUGUCUACAUGCGGCAGCAGCGACGUCGUCAUCAGGCUCGCGAGGAUCGGGAUGGCAACAACUCUUCAGCUUUGAUCAACUUGCUGCCGAUCUUGCUGCUCAUUGGACUCUCCAUGAUGUCGUCCUUCUUUAUCUCGGACCCCAUGUACAGCCUGACGCCCUCUCAUAAAUAUUCUGUGAAGCGUGAGACGAACGCCCUGAAGAUACCAUACUACGUGAAGGACAACUUCUAUUCAGAGUAUCAGGGUUCGGUAGCCCGAUUAGAGGAAUCCGUGGAAGAGGACUUUGUCAAUCAUCUGAAACACUCUUGCAGUCGAGAGCGAAAUUAUCGCGACUCAAUGCUGGCCAAGGCGCGUACCUUUGGCGAUCGGGACCUGUACAGAAAGGCGCAGAACAUCAAUACGCCCUCGUGCGAAAAUCUGCAAAAGUAUUUAAUCACAUAAUUUAGUUAAUGCUACUACACGAAGUCCUACAUCCCUAUACACCAUUUUAAACCUUAACUGGGUUGUAGUCUCUACAUAAUUUGCUUUAGUUGUUAUAAAUGAAUUUCAUUGUCUGUUUUGUUUCUUAAUUUAUGUGUCUAUUCAACUACCUUCCUUCUCUCCCCCACAAAAAACGAAUUGGAACGAAACGAGUAGUUAUGCUAUGGGAGAUCAGGUUUUCCCUAAUAAUGUUUGGUAACACGAUCGGUGGAUCAACAUUAUCAUUUCGAUAGAGCAAUCGGCAAAAUGUGAGAGCGAAGCAAACGCAACUGCCAAAAAGUCAUAUUUACGAGUAUAAGUGGAGGGCUGAGACGAAGGACUAUUGUUUUGUCAUUUAGAAAUCGGAUAACUAUAAAUAUAAAUUAUACAAGGAUACGCAUGAUCACAUAUUGAUAGUCAAA